GUCUUGUGGGAGAGAUUUAACUACAUGUCACCACACGGUAUUCAAUCAGUGCUUGUGCGUCUCUCAUCCGUUAAACAAGUGAUAAAAGUGCGAGGUAAUUGAGUGUAAAUAUUAGUGGAUAUAACUUCUUCCUCAAAAUGCCCCGAAGACACCGAGAUGAUGAUAUUCCCAUCAAAAUUGGCGGAUGGAAUGGCAAAUUUGUGUAUGAGAAACCCAAAGUGAUUCCCCAUCAGGAUGAUGCACAAAAUACUUCCGGACACGAUGAUGUCACCACGGCCAAGGGCCACCCACGCCAAAGUGGUCAAGGUGACAAGAAGCCCGUCUAUGCCACUGGAAAUCAAUUCUAUGGCUACACCACUGAACCAGAAGUACUUCCUGUAGCAUGGGAUGGAACCUUUGCUGGACCCACACAAACCUACUAUCGUCCUGAUCGAAAUACCUCAGACACAUCUCAAUUCUAUGGAUUCUGCACUGAACCAGAAAUCCUUCCAGUUCAAUGGAGUGGAAAAUUCGAAACAGAUCCAACGGAUAUUCGCAUCAAACCCGAACGCAAUCGUUCUGAUGUCCGGGAUUAUGCUGAGGCGCGCAAUUUUGCUCCCCGUGAUCCUGAACCCCAGUCCAAUGGUCAAAAUCACAUUUGAAGGACAAGAAAAGACAAAAACAACAAAAAAAUCUUCCAUAAGAUCAUAUUGUAAUUGAUUUUUGGGUAAAUUCAUCAUCCGUCCAUCAGUUUCUGUUUAAGAGUUUUACAUGUUAUUACAAUUAUAUUUACAGCAAGUUAAUUUGUCACAAGAUACACUUAAUCUAAUGAAUUCAAGAUCAUUCUCAAUCAAUUAACUCAGUUUUUUUUUGGUUCUAGAACUCGUAUUACUUGUUGCAAUUUUUGUGGCGUAGAUUCCAUGAGAGUGUUGCAUGCAACUGGGUGACCGCAUAAAGAUCAUCUUGGCGCCAAUAUGGGCUCUAGUGUUGCGCAAAAUUGUGAAAUUUUCAAUGCGCAUUAUUUCUGAAAGAUUCAGUGUUUCGAAGUUUUAAACCUCAAUCGUUUAAUUUUAAAAAUUUUCAAUAAAUUCAUUUAAAAGAAAAAUGAGAAAUUUUGAAUAGAAAAGACGACAGAAAUUCGAGAUAACCUCAAAAAUUUUGGCUAAAUUUAAUUGACCGUAACUGUGUUAUCACAUUUGCACAUUAAAAUUUUAAUAUGAUUCACAUUAAUUGUCGCUGGUGAGAGUCCAAAUGUGUAAUUUGUGUGUUUGAAUCAUUUUAUAUUCAAAAUUUGAUCUAUUUGUUGAUAAAAAGGUAGACUUGGCCCGCAAAAUUUGAUAUAAAUUGAUUUAUAGCAUUAAUGCGAUUUUCUCUUUAAUUUUUUAAUGUGAAAAAUAUUUAUGCUUUAGGUAAAUUUAAACUUAUUUUUGCAGGCUAAGUCCACUUCUUUAUCAAUACAGUAGAGUCUCGUUAUAGUCCAUAUUUGGUUUCAGAUUUGACACUUGUGUCGCACUAUAGUCCAUGUAAUUUUUUAAAAUUAUCAACGACUUUUAGUAUUGAAAUUCCUCGACGGCUUCCACUUUCUUUACGAUUGUGGUACUUGUCCUUGCUCUCUUCAUUAUGGAUCACAAUUAUCACAACUACUUAAUAAAGUUUGCCAAAAAUAUUAAAAUAAUUAUGCUUGUUGCAUACUAAAAACAUAACCUAACAUAAAAUCAGUGUUUUUGAAAUCAACGGUCGAUAAAUUGUGGACUAUAGAGCGAUGGCCUAUAGCGAGACUCUACUGUAAAUAGAAAAACCUCAAAUAUUAAGUGACUCAAAAACACAAAUAACAUAUUUGGACGCUCACAAGCGACAAUUAAUAUAAAUCACAUUAAAAUUUUAAUGUGCAAGUAUGAUAACGCCGUAAAAUUCGUCCAGUGAUAUCUCUCUCAAAUUCGGGCAACAAACUUUUUGAAUUGCAACGAUUUUUUGUUCAUCUGCAUACACAAAUCGAGUUUACAUACUCAUAUUUAUGGUAAAUUUCAUGAAAACUCCUUAAUAUUGCAAAAACACAUCAGAACUAAGACAAACCAUGGCAAAUUUGAGCAUAUUUGCUUCAUUUGGUAAUCAUAAUCAAACUUGAAACAUGUUUACAAACUUUUUUUUUCAAUUUAACUGCCGACCAAAUUAAAAAGUAGCCCGAUCUUAACCCUUUAAGGACGAGAAGGUUUAAAAUCGGGGGUCAGAAAAAAUCACUUUUUCUGACUUUUUAGAGCAAAAUACAUCUUUAGGAGGUCGUAGGAAAAAUUUCAUUUUUGGGUCACCGGUGACCCAAUCGUCCUUAAAGGGUUAAAAGAGCCGAAUUAGCGAGUCUACUGUACAAGUGGUUUAUUCUUAACAUCUUGAGUUGAACUUGGUAAGCUUAAAAACAUUUUCUACUGCAGAUGAAGGUGACUUUGUGUCCUGCUAUUAGUAAACUUUUCUUUAAUUCUUUUCUAUUCUUUAAUUCUUUUCUCUGGCGAUCCGAUCUACCAUGUCGGAUAGAUAAAGACCAUCCUUAAAUGCCAAAAUUAAGGAGAAGCUUACUAACAGCAAAGGGGAAAAAUCACCUGCAUCUACGGUAUUAUAAGCUUAUGUUAGGUCGAGAGACGCUCAAAUCUCGAUCUUCAUCUGAAUAGAUAUAGGAAAAACCCCAGCCAUCGUCUAGGAUCGAACCCGGGACCUCUCGCUAUAGUACACUCUCGCUCAAUGGGCUCUUUUUCAAUCUGGCGAAAAACUUUGUUGCCAAUUUUCACGUUUAAUUAUGAAGCAAAUUUGCUUAAUAUCGCUGUAUUUUCUCUUAUUUUAUCGUGAUUUUUUAUAAUUGAGCGCUUUUUGUGGAAUUUACAAUGACAUACAAUGACAUCGGAUGACAUUUUGCCCCAAAUGUCCAACUGAGAGAGAGUCUACUGUAUCUAGACAAAUGCUUUAUCACAGAGUUUCAGAGCUUCCCAGUCUGAAAAUUCUUCCAGACUAGCCGACUGUGGAUUUCCAUUUCAGAUUAGAAAGAGAGCGGUCCCCUGUUCAAUUCUGGAUAGACACAGAACAUAUUCUAUCUCUACUUUAUUGAGGAUUGAGAUUUAGAAGAUGUCACUCGCUUUGACAGAACACUGUGAAUUUUCUAACAUCCUUUCUCCGAGAUAAGGAUUCGCAAUCGCUUUUGUUUGAGUCCUUUAAAAUUAUCGUACAUAGCACAAGGAGUUUUUGAAAUCGAUCGUCGGAUAAUUGGAAAUUAAAGAAAAGCUUAGUUUUCUUCAAGAUAUUCUUUUUUUUUCUUAAAAGUACAAUAACAAUGUCUUAAACCUUUCAGAUGAAAAGAAAAAAUGAUUACGUUAGCGCAGACCAACUACCUUUUGUAAUGCGUAUCGUGGAAAGAAUAUUUAGGGAUAUUGCAAAUUAUUUUAGCACUAGCUUACGUAUUUGCUCGAUCCCCUCAAUUGAUCUUAAGGAACUUCGAGCUUUACAGUUCGCAACUGGAUCUGACAUGCUCUCCACGAACUUUUCUUCUUGAAUCGCUUAAACUUGCUGACACUUUUAAAUGUCACAAACCAAGUCGAAUCUCAUAUUAAAAAAAAAUCUGGCGGUCUCAUAGAACAUUUUUUCUGUACAGAUUACUUUUUUAAUUUUCUAAUACAAAAGAUGUAACCGAUCUCGAAGAAAUUAGCAUGACUGGAAAGGUCUUGAAAUGGUUUACAAUUCAAGUGAAUUCUUGAUUGUUUUAUUUUAAUAUUACAUAAAUUUUGAUUGAAAGUAUGACAAUUUUUCCGCGAUACUGAAAAUCUAGAAACGUAAAAUCCAAGGAGAAUUGAACAAGUUAUUUUAGUGAAUUGUGAGUAGAAAAAUUUGUCAUUUCACAAGAGUUUUUCCACAAAAAUCGCCGAAUUGCAGCUUUAGUUUGAGAGCCAUACUUAAUAACUCCUUUAGUUAUUUAAGCUUCAAUUCAUGUGUUAAAAUUGUUGUAUAGCAAUUGUAAAUCUGAUACAGCAGACAUUAAUUCUUGAAUUUUAUUUAACAAGGUUUAAACAAAAAAUCGAAAGGGUAAAUUUUACAUUAAUUCUCACUAAAGAUUGCGAUAGAACUCUUUAAAAAUCUAUUACAAGAUCGACAAAUGUUUCUCAAGCGCAAUAUUUUGCAAAUAUUGGAACUCUACUUAUCGUGACGAUCGCCGUCUUAGCGAUAGAGAGCCUUUUCAUGUCCUAUUUGUACUAAUGAGCCAUUUGUGUAAAUCUAAUGAAAUUCUUUAUAGCCGUAUUAAAUACAGUAGACUCUCUCUUAUACCUUUGCUCUUUGUCCGUUUGACAUAAAAUAUAAAACGUUAGUAAAAUUUUAAAACGUUUGUUGAUAUUCUUCACAUUUUGGACGUUUUUAUUAAAUCAAACGUGCUCCAAAAGUUGCUGUAAUUAUUUCUCAUUGUAACUUUUUUGGAACGUACGCUUAUAUAGGGAGAAUGCCAUUCAGCCAAGUGAGGAUGAAUUCCAGAAACUUCUUACAUAACCAAAAAAAUGUUGGAUUUCAAACGGUUUGACGUUCAUUAAUCCCUAAUCCAUGUACUACAUUUUACAGUAACGGAUAUUAAUAGUUUUAAUACAGUUCUUGACUAUCCCUAAGCUUAUCAUUUGUUUAAUCAGGGGCCAAUCAAGCCUAAUAAAAAGUGAAGCUAUUUUUCACUUUUCCUUGUAAAAAUUUUGCAGAUAUUGCACCGCGCUUUAAACAAAUUUGCUCGUAGUUCUUGUAUUAUUUCAGCGAGCAUAAUGAAAUAUGUAUUUUUAGAUAGCUUUUAAUGCACGAUUUCGAAAUGUAUCAGACUGAUAAGUCAAUUCUCUUUAGGAAAAAACUUGCCAAUAGUCUUCAGUGCCUCUAUGCAAAAACGUAUGGGAAAAUGAAAUGUCGAGAGGCCCCUGGUUGAAUUAUUUUUCUAUUAGUCAGAUUUUUUCUUUAUUUUUUCAUAUUAUUUUUAUUAAAUUUCACAGAACGGUCAAUUGAUGUUAGCCAUAAAUUCAUGGAGUAGCACAAAAUUAAAAACAAAGUAUACAAAUAACAUAAAGAAUUUUUUAAGUUUAAUUUAAUGAUUUUUAACCUCAAUUUUUUAAGCUUUUAUACCUUUCCUAUAUUAAUUUAAUUAAUUUAGUCUUUAAUUAGGCUUUUUCAUAAUGCUGUAGCUGCAAUUUGUGCAAUUACAUUCGUUGCAAUUGUAAUUGAUCCCAUAAUUGUAAAUUUCAAUUUUUUUCAAUAAAUUUCACAAUCCGUGCAAUUUUCACGAAAUUUUAAAGCCUGAUGUCCUCCCAGCUAAUGCGUCUCUCAUGAAAAUCUUCACUCAUCGUUACUAUUUAUUGUGUUACUUAAAGAUUUUAUUUUGUUUUAUUACCGUUAUUUAAUUAAUAUUUUAACAAUUGUUGAGGCAAUCGAGAGCUGAUCAAACACAGAGGAAAAAGGGCUUAAUUUGUUUUCCAUUUUCUUUUAGCUGUCUCAUGAAUCAUCUCAGUGGAUAAAAAUGUAUUAAUUUUUCAUAUAAUGUAUUUAAACAGUUGUAUAAAUUCUAUUUUGAGCAAAAAUAUACACUUUUGGAGAAAACUA